GGGCCCACGUUGGACCUUGGUGAGUACCGCCGCCCCGCCUACCAACAAUUUUCCCGCGCCUUCGCCAUAGUCGGUCCAACAUGGCCAUGCUAGACGUCCUCGACCUACCCCAGCUUUACACCAAGCCCUCCGCAGAGGCCCUCCUCGACACGCUCGCGCUCCUCACCACCGGUCCGCGGUCAUGGGAAUACACAAGCACGAGUGAUGAAGCCGGUAAUCGAGUGGAUUCUGGUGAGCCUGUUGUCCAGGUCAACCCAGAGGGCGUCACACGAUACCUCACUACCAUCAUCAGUAGCGGUUUACAAUGGAUUCAAGACGAUGAGGUCAAGGAGCGCAUCUGGGAUCAGGCCAGCGCCCGACUGAGCGAGCGCUCCGGUCGAUCUGCCAUGAGCACCAUGUCUCGCACAUUCCAAAUCCCUACCGCCUCUGAAUCCUUCGAGCUCAAGAUUCACGAGCCUGCUAUGACAGGCGACGAUCUAGGCCUGAAGACAUGGGCUGCUUCAUACAUGCUUGCUAAGCGCCUCAAGAGCUUCAACCUCGUGCUGCCAGAUACACAUGAGAGGCUACAGGUCCUGGAGCUUGGGUCUGGUACCGGUUUAGUAGGAUUAGCAAUGGCCGGCCUUGGCGCAGACGUUGUUCUGACAGACCUGCCCAGCAUUUGCCCGAACCUGGCCUACAAUGCGCAGCAGAAUCGAGAAAUUGUCAGUCUCAAUGGUGGAGCAGUCCGCACAGCUGUGCUUGACUGGACACAUCCCACUCACUGUGAACCUUUGCCAAACGUCAACGGUACUGGCGACAAUCUAGCCAUUCCUGCAAAAUUUCCCUUAAUCUUGGCCGCAGAUUCACUAUACUCUCCAGAUCACCCACGCAUGUUAGUUGAUACCAUUGCCGCUUGGCUUUCUCCGGACAACGACGCUAGAGUAAUCAUCGAGUUUCCAUACAGAGACUGUUACUUGCCCGAGAUCAAGGACUUCCGUCGCCGGAUGCUUGAGCUCGGCUUAGAGAUAUUGGAAGAGGGAGAGGAGAGGGGACGGGAUGACUGGGGACCGUCAGAGACAAGCGAAGAUCCAGAUGAUGAAGCGCUCGUGACUUGCUGGUGGUCAUGUUGGAAAAGGCAAAUUUCAAGGGCCAGCUGAGAGAUGCUAUCAACAUUGCCGCACAUUACCCUCCUAGAAGAACCGGCGAGGUUAAGCUAAGGCAAAAUGGCAAGGUGCCCCCACGAACCGCAUGACCCGCGAUUUGGUUUGGUCAUUCGCAUAACCACGGCGCUCAAUAGCGACCUCGGAGCAAUGCCGAGAUAUCCACACGAACUUUCCAAGAACAGUGAUGCAAGCGCCGGAUAAUUUUGACG